CCGAGAGCCCUCCAGAAGGCCCGGAUAGGGGGCGGGAGGGCUCCAUCCGGCCCCGUUGCAUGCCGGGAAGCGCCCGUUUCCGUUACUUGCCACAGGAGCCCGCGCGCGACGGGUUCCCCCACGUGAAUCCCCGUGCGCCCGGCUCUCUUCUUUUCCCCCUCUCCCUUCCCGAGCCGGAACCACCCCCGGGAGAGGGGGAGAACCGGAAGUAGAGGCCGUGGCCCCGGAAGCAGAGCCCGGCGGGAAGGGAGCCCCAGCGCGGCGGCGGCAGCGGCGGCGGCGGCGGCGGCGCCAUGUCCCUCAUCUGCUCCAUCUCCAACGAGGUGCCUGAGCAUCCUUGUGUAUCCCCUGUGUCCAACCAUGUGUAUGAGCGGAGGCUGAUUGAGAAGUAUAUUGCAGAGAAUGGCACCGACCCCAUCAAUAACCAGCCUCUGUCUGAGGAGCAGCUCAUUGACAUCAAAGUUGCCCACCCAAUCCGGCCCAAGCCUCCAUCUGCCACGAGUAUCCCGGCCAUCCUGAAAGCCCUCCAAGAUGAAUGGGAUGCAGUCAUGCUCCACAGCUUUACCCUGCGCCAGCAGCUGCAGACCACCCGCCAGGAGCUGUCACACGCACUGUACCAGCAUGAUGCCGCUUGUCGUGUCAUUGCCCGUCUCACGAAGGAGGUCACUGCUGCACGAGAAGCUCUGGCCACGCUGAAGCCCCAGGCUGGUCUCAUUGUCCCUCAGGCUGUGCCAAGCUCCCAACCCAGUGUUGUGGGUGCUGGUGAGCCAAUGGAUUUGGGAGAGCUGGUUGGAAUGACUCCCGAAAUUAUCCAAAAGCUUCAAGACAAAGCAACCGUGCUCACCACAGAGCGUAAAAAGAGGGGGAAGACAGUACCGGAGGAGCUCGUGAAGCCAGAAGAGCUUAGCAAGUACCGGCAGGUGGCAUCCCACGUGGGGCUACAUAGUGCCAGCAUUCCAGGAAUUCUUGCCUUGGACCUCUGCCCCUCGGAUACCAACAAGAUCCUCACCGGAGGAGCAGAUAAAAAUGUUGUCGUCUUUGAUAAGAGCUCAGAGCAGAUCCUGGCCACGCUCAAAGGCCACGCGAAGAAGGUUACCAGUGUGGUGUUCCAUCCAUCCCAGGAUCUGGUGUUUUCUGCUUCCCCAGAUGCCACCAUCCGAAUUUGGUCGGUCCCCAAUGCCUCUUGUGUGCAAGUUGUCCGGGCCCACGAGAGUGCCGUGACUGGCCUCAGUCUCCACGCCACGGGUGAUUAUCUCCUGAGCUCCUCCGAUGAUCAGUACUGGGCCUUCUCCGACAUCCAGACAGGACGAGUGCUCACCAAGGUCACAGAUGAGACUUCGGGAUGCGCUCUCACCUGCGCUCAGUUCCAUCCUGAUGGGCUCAUUUUUGGGACUGGGACCAUGGACUCUCAGAUCAAGAUCUGGGACCUGAAGGAGCGGACCAACGUGGCCAACUUCCCCGGACACUCUGGCCCCAUCACCAGCAUUGCCUUCUCGGAGAAUGGCUAUUAUUUGGCCACUGCGGCUGACGAUUCCUCUGUCAAACUCUGGGAUCUUCGCAAACUCAAAAAUUUCAAGACGUUGCAGCUAGACAACAACUUUGAGGUGAAGUCACUCAUCUUCGACCAGAGUGGCACGUACCUGGCCCUCGGGGGCACCGACGUGCAAAUCUACAUCUGCAAACAGUGGACAGAAAUCCUCCACUUUACAGAGCACAGCGGCUUGACCACAGGGGUGGCCUUUGGGCACCACGCCAAGUUCAUAGCUUCGACCGGGAUGGACAGGAGUCUCAAGUUCUACAGCCUGUAGGCCCUCUUCUGUCCUGAAAAAAUUGAGGCCUUGUCACUGUAGUGGGUAGCAGUAGGGGUGGGGGGCGGGAACGGGGAGAGACUGUGAGGGGAGGGGGGAGGAAUUUGGGAAGGGAUACUCACAUCAUUUCACUCUGGUCUGGAUGGUGGCCUCAGCCAGUGUGGACUGUCCUGGAGGUACGGGGCAGCCUGGCCCGGGCCCCCACCUCUGGGCACCACAGCGCCCUCGGGGCAGAGUUGUGGGGUUGCCCAGAUGAGCCAUUGCCCCAGAGGCAGCACAGAAGGGUUCCGGGACCCAGAGCUUCCCUUUCUUUUAAAUAGGAGUGAUUUGGGUCUCUCGGCCUGCCCACGCCGUUUGCUCUGGCUCCUGCGGGAGGCUGAGCAGAGGGGAGGGUGCAGGAACGUGCAGGUUUUUGUAAGACGUGAUCUAGUUUCAUUAAAAAAAUAAACAACU